AUGAACACAACAGUUACACCACCGAAUGGUAAUAAACGAGAAUAUAUCUCAUAUGCACCAUAUUUAUGGCCAUCUUGUAAAGGUAUAAAAAAUGUCACUGAUCCGGAAACUCAAUGUCCCUACAAGCCACGCGACGGAUUAUAUAAUCCUGAUGUUAGAAACCUAUCAGAUCCAGUUGAUUCUAGAAAUAUGGUUAGAGAUGUAUUAAGUUUAUCGAUUUUUUAUCAAUUACACGGGGAUGAAAAUUUUGCCGAAAAAGCCGUACAGUUGUUGGAUACUUGGUUUGUUAACGAAGAAACUAGUAUGUUACCUGAAGUUAUUUAUGGUCAAAUAAAAAGAGGUCCAGGAGAAUGGAAAGGAAGAGAAGAAGGAAUUCUUGAUACGCGCUUAUAUGUAUAUAUUCCAGUUGCGGUUAGAAUUCUAGAAAAAUCACGUGCAUGGAAUGAUAAUAUUGACAAAGGAAUAAGGAAUUGGAUUUCGGAUUUUUCAAAUUGGUUAAUGAAUUCCAACUUGGGAAAACAAGCAUUCAAAAGAUCAAAUAAUCAUGCAACAUUUUAUGUAGCACAAUUAGCGACAUACUUGGAAUUUUCCGGAAGAAUAGAUGAAGCAAGAAAUCUCAUAAGAAAAUUUUCCGAAACAACAUUUCAAAAUAUGAUAUUAAAAUCGGGAGAACAGCCAAUGGAGAGUAAACGAACAAAACCAUAUCAUUAUCAAUGUUUUAAUUUAGAAGCAUUAACAUACAUUGCUUUGUUAUCCCAAAAAAUAAAUGGAACAAAUUUAUGGGAAAUUAGAACAAAGGAUGGCGCUACCAUCCAAAAUGCCGUUGAUUACUUAAUUCCUUUAAAAAAUCAGGAUGCUGGCCAGGAAGGUGAAGCUAUUCUUUUGCCUGCUUUAUAUAAGGCUAGAGAUUAUUACGGAGAUCGAUCUGGUAAAUAUGCGAAUACUAUUAGUAAAUUUUUAAAAACGACAAAUGGUGCUUCUGAAUGGUGGACCAUAUAUAGCCCUAAGAGUUUAAGAGAUGGUAAUGUUAAAAAUAGCAAUGGUAAAUCUUAUAAUUAUGAUAAUUACGAUUCUUAUUCAGAAAAUUCUGCUACAUCUUUAUUUGGAACUUCAUUAUAUGCCAUGCUUAGUUUCGGUUUGGGCGUUUUCUUUGUGUUUUUGUACUAA